UCUCCCUCGAGCAAGAGGCGCAGUUGUCUGCGUAUCGUGCGCUCCAACAGAGUGGGCUGCUGCUUCCCCUUCUCAUCUCCUUCCGAGAUUCUCUCGUCUUCCGAACGUUUCAUUGACGCGUUUCUUCUCUUCCUCGCGGCCGUGUACGUCUGCGCAGAGUCGGCGCGGGCAGAUCAGCCAUGGGGCGUGCCAUGAGAUGGCUCAAGAAGCUCUUGACGGGCACGAAGGAAGGACACGGCGGCGCCAAGCAGGCCGACUGGCACGACGCGGCGGAGAAGGAGACGAGCAGGUGGAGCUUCGUGAAGCAGAGGAAGAGCGGAGCUGACGGCGGGAAGCCGCGGCCUUCGGUGGUGGCUCUUGCCGGCGCGGUCAGGCCGUGCCGUUGCGUCGGUCAACCGCGCGAGGAGGAGGCCGCCGUCGUGGUUCAGAAGGCCUUCAGAGGCUACCUGGCUAGGAAAGCGCUUCGCGCGCUGAGAUCACUCGUCAAGCUGCAGGCUCUGGUCCGAGGCUACCUCGUGAGGAAGCAGGCAGCCACGACUUUGCACAGGCUGCAGGCGCUCAUGCGGCUGCAGGCAGAUUCGUACGCCGUCAAGCGAGCUUCCUAUCGGCGAUCAAUGGAACAAGAGAGGAUCGUCAGGGAAGAUGUCCGGACGAAGCCGUCGCCGGCGAAGGCAGUGCACCGGCGGCGGCUGUCCGACAGCACGGACUCCAACUACGAGCGCAGCCCGCGGAUCGUGGAGAUGGACACGUGCCACCUCCGCUCCCGGUCCACCCGGAUCGCCAGCGGCCGGUACACGCCCGAUCGCUCGUCGGCCCGCCUCGCCGCGGACCUGGCGCCGCUGUCCGUCAAGCAGCCCCGGCGACUGUCCACUCGGCGGUGCCACGAGCGCGACCCCGUCAGGCACGCCAGGACGGCGCAGAACACGCCCCGCUUCAGCGGCCCCGACACGCCGUACACGUACGACUCGCCUGCAAAGAGCGUCGACGGGCUGACGCCGCGGCCGCUCUGGCACCAGGACCUGCUCGCGAGCCCGCGCUACAUGGGGGGCACGGCCUCGUCGGCGGCGAAGACGCGGUGCCACAGCGCGCCCAGGCAGCCGGCCGAGGCGGCGAGGGCGAGCCUGACGUCCCAAACAGGGUCGAGGAGGUCGGCGUCCAAGCGUAUGCAGGGCGGAUACCUGUCGGAAGCCACACGCACGGGCUACUCCGGUCUCAUCGAGGAGGCAGCCAGGGAUUACUACUUGGACAGGAUGUGGUGACCCAUCAGAUGGAGAUGGUGAAAUACGACAUCGAUGGUCUCCGAAUUUCAGUCAGUUAUCCAAAUCGUGUACAGAUUCAGUAUAAUGGUCCAGGCACAGUUAAGUUUUUGUGAAUCACAAGGUCAAUUGCAUAGAAGAGGGUGAAGUGAAACUGUCGACCUUCUGAUUCGUACAUUCAGAUUGAUAGAUGGAUGAAGCAGAGAGCCAGAGACAGUACAAUAGGUAAAUGAACUGAAGCGCAGUGUGACAUGGUGGCUUAGGGCAUCUCUAGCGGGGCGACGCAAAUCAGACGCCUAAAUUAUCCGUGUGCGUUCGUUUCCGUCACCCCACGGACGCGAAAAUGAUCGUUUUUGUUUGCGUCCGUUUGCAUCUGGGUGCCUCCAGCAGCCCGACGCAUUUCCGCGUCGGCAUG